AUGUCGUCUCAGGCUUCUAGUCAAGUAGGAAAUAAAUUAGUACAGAAACUUGCUUCUAAAGAGUUUAGAAACUACUUGAUGAGCACUCACUUUUGGGGACCCGUUGUCAACUGGGGUCUUCCUAUUGCAGCCAUCAUUGAUACUCAAAAGGAUCCUAGUUUGAUUUCUGGCAAUAUGACAUUGGCUUUAUGUACCUAUUCUGCUCUCUUUAUGCGUUUCGCUUUAGCUGUUCAACCCAGAAACUAUUUAUUAUUUGCUUGCCAUGCAACUAAUGAAGUAGCUCAAUUAACACAAGGUUAUCGUUAUCUCAAAUACCACAAGUUUGGUGAUAAAGAAGAGAGCGAAAAGGAAAAGAGUGCUUAA